AUGAACAGUUCCAGAAGCAUAGCUGGUUCCAAAAUAAAAAAGUCCAGACCCAAGUCAGAUGUCAAGUUAGUGCUCACUACAAAUCAGAAACGAGAUUUGCUAGACGCUUUCAAACUUCUAGAUAAUGAAGGAUCAGGUCUCAUUAAGGCACGUGAAAUAAAAGUUGCUUUAAGGGCUUUGGGGUUUGAUCCAACGGCUGCUGACAUCAGACAGAUUAUUUCAGAGCAUGAUCCCGAAAACAAGGGUUUUAUUGACUUUAAGGGUUUUCUGAACAUUAUGACAUCAAAGAUGACCGAAAAAAGUGACAAGGCAGAUCUUAUAAAAGCCUUUAGAAUCUGUGAUGACGACGAUUCUGGUAAACUGACUCUUUCAAAACUUAAACGAGCUGCCCAAAUACUUGGAGAAGAUAUAACCGAUGAAGAAUUACAAGAAAUGAUUGACGAAGCGGAUAAAAAUGGUGAUGGAGAGUGAAACACAGACCUUUAAUUUUCGAUAAUGACGAGGUGGUCUGCAUUCCUACAUCUGAAGAGCAUAUGGAUCUCAAAACAACUUUCUGCAUGCCAAUAUCAAGGCGAGGAUCUUCAAAACGAACGUCAAGACAGUUGUAGUGUACAGAGCUGAAACUGCCAGAACUACUACAACCAUCAUCGAAGAAUUAAAAGUGUUUACCAAAGGUUGUCUACAUAAGAUACUCAAUAUCCGUUAGCCAGAUAUAAUCAAUAGCAGUUUACUCUGGGAGAUGACAAACCAGCUUCCAUUUGAAAAGGAAAUUAGGAAAAGAUGUUGGAAGUGCAUAGGAUUCGCAUUACUGAAAUCACCAAACUGCAUCACGUGGCAAGCGCUAACUUGGGAAACGGAAAAGAUGAAGGCCGAAUAACAAAUGGAAGCAGAUAUGAAAAGGAUAAGUAGCAACUGCAAAGAACUGGAAAGAAUUGCUUGGGAUAGUGUUGGAUUUAGAGUACUGGUGGGCGGCCCUUGCUCCUCCACAAGGGGUAACAAGCGUAAGUAAGUGAGUAAGUCACACAAAUUACCAACAGUAUUCCUAUGAGGUCCAUUCAUAAAUAAAAUGUUUAUAUCAAAGCAGCACAGUGUCUUAAUUUUUACAUUAAUAUCCAUUAGGUAAUUAAUUAAUUCAAGUCAGUCUUCUGAAGAAUACUCACGAAUUUGGUUUCGGAUAGAAUUACAGAACUAAACAAGCGUGAUAUCAGACACCACCGAGUGAUCAAUCAAUGUAAAUAUCUGUCGCACAGGAAGUCAGUCGUAGCCCAAAAGAGUUUAUGCUGAUGUUUCCGACUGUAAAGAUCGGUGAUGUGGGCUCGAAUUCCACAGGAAGCACCAAUUCUCUUGAGAUUGCAGACACUCUUGAAUGACGAGUGCUAGUAAGCAGCAAACUUACUGUGAGGAAGGUUUCCUUUCUACUGUAUGGCUUCUACUAACAUCACAAUACAUUUAAAUAUAAAGAUACGAAGUCAAAU